AUGGAGGGCCUUUCUACCGUCAACAAUGUCGUGUUGAACAGGCGGGGUUAUACCAUCCAGGGUACGCUCAUUUUGUCGCCGUACCAUGUCGUUUUCAGCUUCACCCCCCCUUCCACACCGUCAUCCUCAACACCAUCCCCGGGUCCCACUCCCGUAGCACCAAAAGAGAUUUGGAUCUGUUACCCGGUGGUUGAGGCCAUCAGCAAGUCCCGAGGCUCGUUCCUACUCAACCAGUCAAACAACGAAGUGUCCAUCGAUGACAGCAGAGAUCACUACACCUCGUCACACAUCCGUCUCCAGUGCAAGGAUUUCACCUUCUACUCGUUCGACUUCGUCAACGAUGGCAUAUGCACCGAAGUCUAUUCCAAGUUGAGCACCCUCAUCAGCAGACCCAAGUUGGAGAACGAUAUCAAGGCGUUCUAUGCAUUCGACUAUAGACCCAACUUACUAGAGCAGAAACUUGAAACGAAGGGCUGGGACCUUUACGAUCCUGUCAAGGAAUACGAACGCCAGGGUUUGGUCUCUGGCGAGUACUGGAGAAUUUCCACCAUUAACGAGGACUACAAGUUCUGUCCGUCGUACCCUAACCACUUGGUGGUGCCCAGCAGUAUCUCAGAUAAUGUGCUCAAACACGCGAGCAAGUUCCGCUCCAAACAGAGAAUCCCAGCUAUCGUUUACCGACAUCGUGGGAGCGUAAACGGCAACAUCAUAGCCAGGUGCGCACAGCCGUUGGUGGGGUUGAACAUCCAGAAUCGGUCGAUCCAAGAUGAAAAAUUGAUUACCGAGAUCUUCAAGAGCCAGGAGUCAGAAAGAUUUAGCAAAUUGGACGAGAGCAACGAGUUUCAACACCAGCCCCACAGAAAUCUAAUUGUUGACUUAAGACCAAUCACAAAUGCCAUGGCCCAACAUGCCUUGGGAGCGGGAACGGAAAACAUCGAGAACUAUAGAGGAAAACGUACACAGGGUUCAAACGAGAAACCUCCCAAGAAUGUCAAUGUCAACUUCCAAGAACAUCAGAACUUAAGGCAAGUAGACAAAAUAUUCUGUAAUAUCGAUAACAUCCAUGUGAUGCGGGAUUCCUUGAACAAACUUACCACAAUCUUGAACGAUUUGGAUAAAUUUCCAGUCAAUUCAGGAACCUCAAACUACCCUUUGUUGCAGCAGGCCCUCACUAAAACCCAAUGGUUACAUCGUUUAUCAAUAAUAUUGCAAUCCGUGGACAGAAUAACCAAGUCCAUCCACUUGAACAACACCAAUGUUGUCAUUCAUUGUUCCGACGGUUGGGACAGAACCUCACAAGUAUCUGCAUUGGCCCAGCUUUGUCUCGAUCCAUUUUAUCGUACACUUAAGGGAUUCAUGAUUUUAAUAGAGAAGGAAUGGGUCAGUUUUGGCUUUAAAUUUUCCACUAGAGGAGACCAUGGUGGAUGCAUUGGGGCUUUGUACAAAAAACCAAAGAAAGCACAGGAACGGGAGUUCACUGAUACAUCUUCAGAAUCUUCUGAGAUUGAGCUUCCGGUUAAUAGUCACACUGGAAAAGUUACUUCGUUCUUGCAGAGGGCAGCCACUCAUAUCAAAAACACGGCUAACGGUGCAAGUAAUAACAAUUCAUCCCUGAAUUUAGAAGGUGAAGUGGGGGAAAAUGGGGGAAAGUUUUUAUCGUCAAAUUCGUCCUAUAAUGGUUCGAAUGAGAAAUCGCCCAUUUUCCAUCAGUUUCUUGAUUCCGUGUUCCAGAUUUAUAGGCAGAACCCAACCAAGUUUGAGUUCAAUAGCCGUUUCCUCAAGAGGUUAUUUUACCAUUACUACUCGUGUCAAUACGGAUCUUUCCUAUGCGAUUCGGAGAGAGAACUCAAAGAGGUGUAUAAGGUACAAGAGUCCACGUUAUCGGUAUGGGAUUACUUUAACUCGCGACCAGGCGAGUUCAUAAACCCAUCGUUCAAGGUGGACGAUGGUGAUGACAAUGGAGUGCUCUUCUUUAAUUAUACCGAUGUGAAGUGGUGGUUCGAGCUAUACGGCAGGUCUGAUGAGGAGAUGAACGGCCUCUCGAACUCAUUAGAUAGGAAGUUUGCCCAGAUGAAGUUGACCAUCACCGACCCAUUCAUAUUGUACCAAAGCUACAUUCAACAGGGAUUACUCGAGAAAGACGAGGCCCAGCUACGGGCCAUGAAAGAGUUCCAAAAACUAUAUCACCGUAUAAUAGACUAUAGACCACCGGAAGAACUACAGAUCAAAAUGAGUCUUCUAUUGCGAGAAAUCGAGUUAAAGCAAGCACAAAUGAUGUUGGACAGUGGAAAAUCGGGCUCUCCCAUGAAGCUUGGAUCUAUCCAGAGGUACUUCCGUAAGGAUCCUGAGGCCCAAAAGAAACAGCUCAUCAAGGUCAUCACCGACGAGGAGGAAUUGAUUAACUUUCCAUCCCCGCCGGGACUUCUUGUCAACGGAGAAGUUGGGUGUGGUAAAUCUAUGCUAAUGGACAUUUUUGCCAGCUCAUUACCACAUCAUUCUAAAAUGAGAUGGCAUUACAACAACUUCAUUUUAUGGGUUUUUAAUGAGAUUCAUAAAAUUCAAGGUCAAAAGACAAUGAUGGCCAACCUUGGCCAGAAAAAGAGCUUAUCGAUGGAGAACGAAUUCAUCUUGUUUGAAAUAGCACAAAAGAUGAUCAAAAAGAAUACUGUCCUCAUGCUAGAUGAAUUUAUGUUACCAGAUAUUGCAUCUGCAAAUAUUAUAAAGAUACUUUUUACUUACUACUUUAAAUUAGGGGGCGUUCUAGUGGCCACUUCUAACAAACUCCCAGAAGAACUCUAUUCGAAUGAGUUCCACAAGUCGAAAUUCAAGAGUUUUGUGGGAGUGUUGAAUGCAAGAUGCCAGUCUAUCGACAUGAUGAGCAACAAGGACUAUAGAAUUACUGUCUCAGAACAGGAACCAAACUUGGUGGUGAAAAUGGACCCAGAGCACGAGAAUAAUUGGGAUAUACUAAUAAGGACCAAGGCGUUAAAAAUUUCUCCUGAACAAUACGAAAAGCCGUUACAUGAAUUGGGGUCUCCAGCGUCUUUCACAGUGUAUAAUAGAGUUACCCAGUUGCUGUUGACCUUUUUUGACAACACAUGUUACUUAGAUUUUGCUCAAAUUUGCCAGGGGCUAUACUCAUCUUCAGAUUACAUUACUUUGGCUUCCCGGUACAGAACAAUUAUAUUGGAUAAUGUGCCAAUAAUGACGAUCAAGAUGAAGAAUGAAGCCCGGAGAUUCAUUACUUUAUUAGAUGCGAUUUACGAGUCUAAGUGUCAGUUGUACAUGAGGACAGAAGUGGAUAUCGACGAUCUAUUCUUUCCUGAUACAAGAGAUGACAUAAGUGACGAAAUCCGUUCCCGAUUACCUCGAGAUUUCUCGGACACUCUCGAUGUGCAAGAAGAAGAAAUGUUCUCCAAGACUAGCAUUGCAUUACAAAAUCCCUACAGGCCAAAUACCUCAACCUACGAAGACAAAAUGGAGACGUUUGAAGAAGAACAACGCAAGACAGAGGUAGAUUUUAAGAAUACCAAGGCAUUUACUGGAGAAGACGAGAAGUUUGCCUAUAAAAGAGCGGUAUCUCGUAUCAAAGAAAUGGUCAGUUCUGACAAUUGGAGAAGCGAAGACAGGUGGGUACCUAUUGAUGAGAGCAUGAGACCAUGGGAAUCCCACGAAGAGUUUGCACAGAAAGUAACUUCUGAGGUCCUGGAGGCUGAAGCAGACGACAAACCCAUAAUCCAAGGAUUACAUCAUUUCUGGGCCAUGGGACCAUGGACCACAAAUCAAGGAAAAAGGCUCAAGGAUUCUAUUGCUAAAUCUUGGAUCAGAUCCAGCAUUAGAGAUAAUUAA